CUAGAACUAGAACUAGAUAGUGUCUGUGUCUCCGUAUUAAAGAUCUCGGUACGGUGGAUCGGCAGAGUGUUUGGGGUCAGCUCUUUGUACUACCGAACCCAAACGACGCUUGACACUUGGAAGUUCUUGUCUAUUACAUUGCCAAGUAUCCACAUACCUACGCAGCUCGCAAGCAAAGAGACUACGCCUGAAAUCCACAACGAUGGCGAGGGCGAAAGAAGAAGUAUGCAACCAUUGUCUGGAUAUGACAAGGUGGUCUCGGGGAGUCUGCGAUACAAAAAGAGAGUUGAGAAUUGAUCAACUAUUAACCACGGAGGAUGGGGGUCCACCCAAAGUUUCGGUCGACUAUAGCUUCCUUCUGAUUGUUGCGUCGGCGAAUCUGAUCCGCGACUGUAAAUCCCAAUGCAAAAAGCAGUUGACCGCCGCUUUCGAAAUGCCAGAAAUGUGGUGGGAGGGCCACUAUCGCGAGGCCAACGGGUAUUUUGGUUUUGAGACAACAUACGACAACACGGGGUCCAGCAACGGCAUCAAUACCUGGUCUCGUUUCCUCGCCAAGGAGAUAUCGCCAUACACACCUGAAACCAAGUUGGAAUACAAAUGGCUCAAGUUCAACCUAUUCACGAGGUGGCUCCCGUCUACAAAGCAAAUGGUCUUGUUGGUGUUUGACCCCUUGCCCAAGGUCGAGACAAAGAUCUGUGCUCGCCUCAACAAGGCCAUGCCGGAUUUCAACCAGCAGCACGACCACUUCUGGGUCCACAGCCAAAUCCUCCACGACUUCAUCGACGUGCAGCACGAGUCCAUCUGGGCGUUGCGCGGCUAUGUCCGCCAAACUGAACAGGAUCAGACCGAAAAUAGUACAAGACCCAACUUUCGUCUCCUGCACGACCUCGCCCGCCACUCGAUCCACAUCUGCGAGACCCUGGAGCUGGCCUGCAUCAGCAUGGACGAGCUGCUCGAGUUUAGCACCUCGUCGUCGCAGCACGCGCAUGCCGCAAGGGGGUCCUUUCAGCAAGUAGCCGCCACUUUGGGCGGGGAAGCAGCCAGAGACCGGCUGCUGUUCCAGCGGCACGUUUUGCGCAGCUUCAGCCUCCGCGCCCAGGCCAACAAGGAGCGACUGCAGAACGAGAUUGGGCUUGCGUUCAACAACAUUGCGCAAGAAAAUGCCCUGUUGGCUGUGGAGAUUGGAAGAGCCACCAGAACCGACGGGUUGGCCGUCAAGACAGUUGCGUUUGUUACGUUUGCCUUUUUGCCCGCCACGCUGAUUUGUGCCAUUUUCAGUAUGCCAUUUUUUGAGCUCGAGUCGGGGACCGGCGAGCUUUUGGUCUCGAACAAGUUUUGGAUGUAUUGGGCCGUCACCAUCCCCGUGACCUUGCUGUCGCCUCUGCUGUGGGGAGGGUAUAACCGACUGACGCUACCGAAAGAUGCUGGGAAUACAGGAAGGGGGCUGAUUCCAUGGACAAUCGAGUUGAGAGAGCUUUUGCCAAAUCUUUCAUCGCGAGGGAGGCGAAUGCAGGGGGGAGACAGAACAGAGGUUUAAAUCAGGGGGACUGCUUGAUGUUGAAGAUAGCUGCUUGUUUAACCCAUGCAAUUAAUAGACCUUGCAUUUCCAAUCCAGUCCAU